GUGUGUGUGAGAGAGAGAGAAGAGAGAGAGAGAGUGUGUGUGAGGGACAGAGUCCUCAGAGCUCCGCUGUGUUUUAACCGGUGGAUGAUAUACAUGCAGGCUGCACUACAGAGAGCUCACUGUUACAUGACCUGAAAGCUGCUGAUUCAUAAGAGGAUGAAGGAGAGACACCAGUGAAAUGAAUAAUAGAAGUUUGGAGAACAGUGACUCAAAAACCUCUCAAAACUUCUGCUACUGACAGAAUGAUGACCUGAAACUGAGAGAGAACUUUCACUUAAUUCUGAGAAAGAAAAUCUCAGGCUUACAUUUUGUUCUAGGCCUUUGUUAGCCUGAAAAUAGGUUCAACAUCUUUGUAAAUGUUCAAUGAAAGUGCUAGAUGAAGAUGGAUUGAUGGUAUGGCACUGGAGAGAGUGCUGAAUGAGCUGCUGCGUUAGCGGCUGGAUUUCUGGAUGCCUAGAGGUAGAUAGCAAUUUAACUGAUCAAUCAGGGCACUCUAGACACCUCUAGAUGUUCAACUGCAGAUAGCAGAGUUUUCAAGUUUUAUUUUCACUUGUGAGAGGCCAGAAAGAUAAAGCAGAUUAGUACCAUGAAUACUAGAGACAGUGUGGAGGUGAUGGAGACCCAGGCUGCAGGUCAAAAGGAAAAGCUGGUGAGAGACAAGGCCAAUCCUGCGAAUGAGAUUGAGGGUGAGGACGACAAAAUCCCUGGGAGUUUCGACUGUAAUGUCUGCGGACGCAGCUUCCCCUUCCUCAGCUCUUUGUCGCAGCAUAUGAGACGCCACACUGGUGCACGACCUUACAAAUGCCCCUACUGUGACCACAGGGCAUCUCAGAAAGGGAACCUCAAAGUUCACAUUCGCAGCCAUAAACUAGGCACACUCUCCAGCCAUCACACCAAUGAGGAUGAAGAAGGUGGGGCCGAGGAGGAGGAGAUGAGUGUUUCUGAGGGUCUCGAAGGAGGUACGAGUCCAACUAAAAGUAGCUCUGCCUGCAACCGGAUGAUCAAUGGGGAUAGUGUUGAGGAGAGUAGGAGGAAAGUGCCUGCAAGGAGCAUGAAAAGAGAGAAGUCUGUUACUGACCAGCGGCCUUACUGUUGCCGUCUCUGUGGUUAUGAGGCCCAGCGAGAAGAUCAGCUCCUCAGCCACAUUGAAAAGGUUCACAUCACAGCAGACGCAGAAGAAGAGACGACUGUGAAGGAAGAGGCUGUGACUGAACCUGAUUCCAAGGGUGAAGCCCAGGGUGAUGGGUCCUUCCCCUGUGAGACCUGUGGCCAAAUCUUCAGCCAAGCCUGGUUUCUGAAGUCGCACAUGAAGAAACACGCAGGGGUCCUGGACCACUGCUGUCGUAUUUGUGGACGACGGUUCCGCGAAGCUUGGUUUCUCAAAUCUCACAUGAAAACACACAACACCAAAUCUAGGUCACGGUCAAAAGCAGAAUCAGCUGAGCAACCGGCCACCAUCAACGAUGUAGCCCAGGAUCCUGAUAUUGUUUCUGGCUCUGUAACAUCAAUCUAUCAAAUGUGCUCUAAAUGUGGGAACCUGUUUCACACCAAAGAGAGCCUGAGAGUCCAUGAAAAGGUUCAUGGUGUCAACUGUGGCAGGAAGUCCCAGAGCCAAUGCAGAGCCAGUGAUGAUGAGGACUCGCCAGCUGCUAAAAGACGUUUUCUUGACUAUUUAAACAUCCGACCUGUUGAGGAAAAGACCCCGGACGAGGGCAGGGAAGGUGAGACGAUUCUGGGCCAAAGAAUCCUUGAGCUAGAUCCAGUUUGCAGCUACCAGGCCUGGCAAUUAGCCACUAAAGGAAGAGUUGUGGAGCCAGUGGAGCCUAAUUACAAGGCCUCCUAUGGGGGAGGAAGUAUGGGGGAGGAUGCCCUUGCUGGAGCCGCUGUGGUCUUUGAGAGGGAGAGCAGUCGUUAUGUCCUACAAGGUCAGGAGAAGCGCAGCUCAGGCAGACGCAGCAGCUCUGGCUUGGGAAGUCAUGGCUCUUCAGGGGACCGGACGCCAGAGAACCUCAGUGACUCUGAGUACCGGCCAUCGUCUCGCCAUGACCGUCGACGGUCAUCCCAGUCGCAGGCUUCCUCCAAGUCCAACGAGUGCUUUGAGUGCGGCAAGGUGUUCCGCAGUCGUCACCAGAUGAUCGUCCACCAGCGGGUCCACAGGAAGGACGGAGGCAGGGCGUCCGCGGGAGACAAGGAAAGAACUGCAAGGGAUGACCGAUGGGGCUCCACCAGUGAUCCAGAGUCAGGCUCCCCCAGUCGGCCCUGCACCCCGGGGUACGGAGACUCUCCACCGGCCUCUACCCUGGGAGAUCAGGCCUCAGAGAUGGGUACUGCAAACUCUGGAGGGUUUUCAGAUGAGAAGCCUUACAUCUGCAGCCUGUGUGACUUUGUUACCUCCGAGUCGCAGGCUUAUCUGACUCAUGUUCGUGUCAAACACCCGCCCGCCCCUGAAGACAGACCCAGCCCCAGCCCCAGCCCCAGCUCCAGCUCGGACAGAGGCACACCCAGCGGUUAUCCCAAGCUGAAGAAAGCUCUUCUCCAGGGGCUGAAAAAGUCAGCAUCCCCUUCGGCUUACCUCUCUGCUCGAUCGUCCCCGCUCGACCCCAGCAUGACCCCUGUGGAUCUGUGUGUGAGGGCUGAAGGCAUGAGGGGGAUAGCCUCCCUCACCUUGGACAGGAAGAGCCUCCCUAGCCACAAGUGCUCCUUCUGCUCCCACUCCACCCGCUAUCCUGAGGUGCUCUGGAUGCACCAGACUGUGGCUCACCGCAUCAACAGCAGUAGCUCCAAUCUGGCUCCUAAAUGGGCCUUUAAGAAUAACUCAAAGGGCUCCAGGGAGGGCUCGCUAUCCUCCAGGAGACGCACCGGUCCCCCGCCAGUCUUGGAGGGUAAAGAGUGUCCACCACUGCCUCCACUGAUCCGCACCCAACGCACCCAGCCCCCAACCUACUCUAGUGAGGUGCUGAAGAAGAACAAGCCAGCAAGUCACGCAGCCACGCCAUCAUCAUCAUCAUCAUCAUCGUCAUCAUCCUCUACCCCCUCCUCGUCGUUCUCCAGGGGUUCCUCGUCGUCCUCGGGCACCCAUGCAGGGAGAGUCCCUGUGCGGCCAGGCGGCAGUGCCAGCAGCAGCAUCAGGCACACUGAGGACCAGAGUAAUCCGUCUCGCAUCAGACCCAAAGUGGAUAUUUACCCAAGGGGGAGUUCGCUGUCAUCCUCAGGCUCCAAAGAGAAGAGCAGCAGCGCCCUCUCACAUUCCUCAGCACCGAGCCCCAGCUCUGCCUCAGUUUCCAGGAUGGCCGACCACUACUUAAUGCCUCAAGAGGGCCUCGGCUUCAUGCUGUCCAGCAAACAUGGCCUUGCCGAGUACAGCCGCGCUAGGGGCUCCCCUCAUCAGCCACUUUAUAACUCCCACAGCCAGGCCCGGGCUAACGCCACAAGGCCCAGCACCAUCACCCAUAGCUCCUCAGCGGGACACAACUAUGGAGCCCCCCAGGCACACAGAGGCACUCUGCAUAAUUCCGCCCCCUCCUCUACUUCUACUUCAUUGCCUUUGGAGUCUCGUGGAGAUGUGAAACAGGAGCCAAUCGCUGAGACGCCGGAGAUGCCAAAUGACGUCCUCAGCUUCCUCAAAAACUACAGCCCCCAAGAUCUGGCCACUUUAUACCACCGCUGGGGUGCAGCCAACGCCCUGAUGGAUCCCACUGGGAUGCUGAGGUCUCUCAUGCGACAGGGGCAGUAUAUCUGCAACGAGUGUGGGAAGAGCUUCAGUCAGCCGAGCCACCUGCGCACGCACAUGAGAUCCCAUACAGUUGGGUUUGAUUUUAACGGACUCCACAGAGGUACUGACGCUCACACCACCGCUUCUGAAGCUCCCAAACAAGGGAGAGGCCAUUCUGCUGCCAGCUCUGCCCAUACCGAGCCUCUCAGAAAGGGAACCUAAAGACGCACGUCCAGAGUGUCCACCAUAUGCCUUUUGACAACAGCCUGUACCCAGACACACGGAGCUUGCCACUGAGCCAGGAGGAACGAGGAGCGCUGGCUGCCAAACGCCCACCAACGCCACAACAACAACAAUAACAAUCUCCUCUGGACGUACUGUGAUCUGGUUGUGGGGGCCAGCUUAGUCAGGGAAUCAAACAACUUCAAAACACAGCCACCACUCAUAGAAAUCUGCAAAUAGGACCCAAGACACAUGAUUGACUUUUUGAGCCUCUUCUCUCCACUGAUUAUCCUCAAAUGGCCAGAGAAGAAAUGUAUACAAUGAAGUUUCUCGUGAUUUUUUUUUAAAUACUUUUCUUUUUGUUAAGAAGCUAGUUAAAGCUGUGCUAGGCAGUUGUAAAAGCAGAAAAUUGGGCCACAGAAGGAAGAAAGAAUUCACAGAAAGGAACUCGCCAACGUUUGCUCUUUUUAGUGUGAAGUUUGGCAAAAUAAGGAAAGUUGUGUUUAGUUACAUGAACGUAAAAGGAUGUCCGAACAAAGAGGUCCUCAGAACUGAAAUCAUUACCUCUUGCUGCCAUUUUGGAGGCACCACCACCUGCUUACUGCAGCUCGGCAAGAGGCAAACAUAUUUGUGAAAAGAAGAAAAGAUGCAUCUGCAUUUUAAUAGAGGACUGAGGCAUUGCAUGGCUGCUGUAGUCGACCCCUUCCCACAUUAUUUUCUAGCGUUGCUGAAUGAGUUUGUGCGUUCCUCAGGACACCAAUAACCCAGGAGAUGACACGAGAGAGGAGAGGAUGCUUUACCCUUCAUCAACAGUCAACUGACACAUUGCGAGUGCGUCUCCUCUGGGCUCUAAGUCAUGAAGAUGGAGAUUUCUUUGUCUGUGUGUGUGUGUGUGUGUGUGUGUGUGUGUGUGUGUGUGUGUGUGUGUGUGUGCGUGCGUGUGUGUGCGUGUUUAACUCACUUCCUUCCACUCCAGAAUGCAGUGACCACUCUGAGGCUGCACAGCUGAUGAUUAGAGAGAGGGAGACUGUGUUGAAGAGAGGUAGGAUUACAGACAGAGAGAGAGAACGCUAAUGGGGGUGUCUGCUUUAGUGCUCAUUAAAAAGAGUGUGCGUUUUUAAUAGCCAAUAUAAAAGAGCGUACCACUUUUAUGGUCAUUCAAUUAUUGUCCAUUUAAGAGGAAGGAACUGAGAGGAGGCAGUUUUCCUCCAUAACUCCAUCAUAUUGAGGAGUGUUUCCCUCACCGACACGUCUGACUUUGAACUAGACAGAACAGAGGGAGUGGCAGGAACUCGGACAGAUCAAGCUCCAGCUUGUCUACAGUAGAUGCAAAGGACAACAAGGUACUGCUAACGUUAGUUCGAAAAGAUGCAUCUUGAUAUUUCCCAUCACUAAAGGGCAACUCUCACCUUUUGGCUUGUCCAGCCCUAAUCUUUGGUACCAAAAUCUUGUUAGUCUUUUUGUUAGAAAGCACUCUUGGGUCCCGUAACAGGGUUGCAUUGUAAUCCGAAGGGGUCAAAAGAUAGACCCUUAACAUUUUCUACAAAAAUUGUUUUAUUUAGUCAGAAAUUUCUUUUCCCUUUUUUUUGAAAUUGUAAAAUAUCUAAUAACAUUUUCAAAUGACCCAAUUGAAGAUAGGGAACCCUACGGAGCCCCAGACUGCUGAUAUUUUUCAAGUUAAUAUCUGCACAGUAAAGACAUUAAUUGCUUAUGCUUUAACCAGAAAGGUAAACUGCUUUUAUCACUUGUCUUUUUCAUUUUGAAACAUUGCAGCUUUAUUUGCUUAAUUUGGACAGUUUAAAAUAAAAAUAAAAUUCUAAAUAAAACUUGAUUAGCUGAGUUCUCUGCAUCAUGGUUGCUGUGUGUAUCGUAAAUGAAUAUACAUCUGAAUUUUUAGUUAAUAAUGUUGUGUGCGCAAAAUUUCACCAUUUGGCACUUUAGGGACUUAGCUCAUACUGAAAUGCGGAUGUUUACCAAACUGUCCAUCUAUUACUUUAAAACCGUCACAUUCAUAUCGUACAACAUGUACAUGUAUAUUAGCGAGCACAUCUGACAUAACAAAUAACCAGUAAUUCAGAGCUGAGUUUGUCACUAAAUCAUUUAAGCAGAUGCCACAAGUCUUACUCUUUGUCCAUACUAAUGCGGAUAUUUUUGGAAAAUCUUCUCUGGUAUUUGGCAGGUUGUUGAUAUAGCCUUUUUUGCCACCUACUGACCUGGCAUGCUUGUUUGAGUGUUUCAAUCGUUUCUGUUUUCUCGUCUGGAUGGAGAUAUUUUGUAAAACAAGGGUCAUGUGUAUGGGAAAAUAUCCAUAAAGAUAGCUGCAGUAGUGUAGACAAGGCCCUCAUUCCUGAGUUGAGAUGAGAUGAUUUGCAUUUUAGAAAGAAAGAAAGAAAUAGGUCAGAGAGAGAGAGAAAGAAAGAGAGAGAGAGCAGCCAUAGGUCAGGAGGUCAGGCUUCCACAGAGUUCAGGGAUAAAUACACAAGUUGGACACAUUUAGAGGCCUAUUAAACUGUAGCGCCAUCACAGCCUUAACACAGGUGUGUGUGUGUGAGAGUGCAUCAAUGCAUGUGUAGGUGCGUUCUUUUCAAACCUCUCCAUACUGUGUAAGAGGUUCACUCGCUCCUGUGUACGCCAGCCUCCCUCUAGAUGCUUUUGUGCACCAGCCUACCUCCUCUGCAAUGAAAGCCUGUUUUAGGUUUCUGUCGGCUGGUUAUAAAGGUAUAGAACUGCUCUUUGCGAGGAUGAAAUGUUCUUUUCUUUGGUGUCCUGUGCUUAGUUUUCCUCCCCUCAGCGGUCUGUGAGAUUGAAUAAGCCAUGCAUUGACACGCUGGGGGAAAAGAAGAAGUAGAAGAAGUAAAAGCAAGGUAGUUCAAAGUAGCUUUGGCUCGAAAAAACAAGAGUAAAACUGUCGAUGUGCCGAGACCUUUUUUUCUCUGUACACGUAAAAAUCAAAAUUCACAUCAGUUGAAGUCUAUACGGAGAAAACAGAGUACUGUACUUCCCAUCUAUUUUGAGACCUCAGACGUUUUUACAGGAUGAUAGCAUGGUCGCUAUACCAGAGGGUUGUUUAGAUAUGCAUACAAUAUUGUGUGCUUGAUUAUGCCUAAUAAUACACAUACAGUGUGUAUAUUGAAGGUGUGGGUAGUGAAAAUACUUGAAAAGGAUACUCUAACCUUUGUGGUAGUGUACUACUAAUACCAAUGUACAGAAUUCCCUUUAAGAUUAACUCCUCAGUUAUGAGUUUGUACUCCGAAGUGUGACUUAGAAAAACUAUGAAGUGGGAGUGAGUGUAUGUAAUAUAAGCUGUAUAUCUGUAAUCCACUUUUACCAAACCCUUUAUAUACAGCAGUAGAAACCAAAUGGCAUUACUAGUGCACUUAGACUAGGUUACUGCUUUAACUGUUCUCAUUUUGUCCAGUUCUAGCUGCAAGGUUUCUUUGAGAAUGUCUCUUUAAUGGUGCCGGCUAACACACUGCAACGUCAUUUCUGUUCUAGAAGCUUUAGGACGAUUCCUGUUGAUUUUAAUGGCGAACGAUUUGUUCCGUGACGGCGGUGCGGCACAGCUUUUUCGCUAAGUCUCCUCAUGGGAAGUAAGAUAAUGCUAGGUGCAUCAGGCAAUGCUUAUUUUUUCACAAAGAUGUAAGAGUGUGUUUUUAGUCUUUCUCUUUGCUAAACUGUAGGAUUUGUUCAGUAGCUAGUCAUGGCUGCCCUCCCAGGCACUGGCAGGUGUUGUUCUUUUUCUUUUGGUUGUUUUUUUUUUUUUUUUAUCAUGCCUCUUAAAUUGUAUUAUUUGUGUCCUUGUUGCUUUUUUUAUUUGCUAUGAACUUCAUGAGUAAUUUACCUUAGAAGACAUUAUUAUUAUUCCAAAUGUAUUUGGUUGAUAUCUGUAUUUAUUAUCACUUCAAAAAGGAUAAGACAGAGGCAGACAGGAGUGUUUGUUUUCAUUUGAUUUUUCUGGGGUUUUUGUUUUUCUGUCGUUUUAUAACGUGUUGUUUUCAAGCCAGCAAGCCGAUGUGAAAGCUCUACCUCGUCUGAGCCAUUCUCAGUUCUGUUACACUUUUGUACAUCAUUUCAAAAAGAUGUAAUGUCAUGUCCACAAUAAAGACACAGAAAAUGCCA